UUUAAUUGAGUUGCAGUCGCAAGAAUCCCUUCACACAUUCACAAUGGCAACUGAGCUCCCCACCACAAACGGCCACAGUGCCCAGGAUGGCGAGACAACCUUUGCCGUCAAGGCAGGACUAGCAAGGAUGUUGAAGGGUGGUGUCAUCAUGGACGUUGUCAAUGCUGAGCAGGCGCGCAUAGCAGAGGAGGCUGGCGCAGUAGCAGUCAUGGCUCUCGAGCGCGUUCCCGCAGACAUUCGAUCCCAGGGCGGCGUGGCAAGGAUGAGCGACCCCCAGAUGAUCAAGGAGAUCAUGGACACAGUGACCAUUCCCGUCAUGGCGAAGGCGCGAAUUGGUCACUUUGUCGAGUGCCAGAUCCUCGAAGCCCUCGGCGUAGACUACAUCGACGAGUCGGAAGUGCUCACCCCCGCAGACGCCGUCCACCACGUAGACAAGCACCCCUACCGCGUACCCUUCGUAUGCGGGUGCCGUGGUCUCGGCGAAGCCCUCCGCCGCAUCUCCGAAGGCGCCGCCAUGAUCCGCACAAAAGGCGAAGCCGGCACAGGCGACGUCAUCGAGGCAGUGCGCCACAUGCGCACCGUCAACGCCGAGAUCGCGCGCGCAAAGCACAUGAGCGAGGAGGAGCUGCGCGUGUACGCCAAGGAGCUGCAGGUCGACUUCCCGCUGCUGAAGGAGACGGCUAAGCUGGGCCGUCUGCCUGUCGUCAACUUCGCGGCUGGUGGUGUCGCUACACCUGCUGAUGCGGCGCUGAUGAUGCAGUUGGGCUGCGAUGGCGUCUUUGUUGGCAGCGGCAUCUUCAAGAGCGGCGAUGCGGCGAAGAGGGCGAAGGCUAUUGUGCAGGCUGUCACGCAUUACAAGGACCCUAAGGUGUUGGUUGAGGUGUCUAUGAACUUGGGUGAGGCGAUGGUCGGUAUCAACUGCGGCACUAUGGCCGAGACCGAGAAGCUCGCGAAGCGCGGGUGGUAGGCGGGUUAUGCGGGGACUGGAGAUGUGUAAGAAGGCGGAAUGUAUAGGCGUUCAU